UCAAUCGGACGCCUGAAGCAUUGUGCAAAAAGAGGCACUGCAACAAAAUUAUAAUCAAUUCAUUUAAUUCAAUUACAAUUUACGCCUAUGUUUAUUUUCAUAUGUUUUAUGUGACAACGCUGUGUGCUGCAAUCGUGUCCUCUCAAUUGAAAUUUCCUGCCCCCACCCGGAGUACAGUUGCGCCAGCCGCACGCUAGAAAAAGCCAAACACAACAAGAAGACAACGACGACAUCGCGACGGGGAGGCCGCGUUUAAAGAACAAAACAAAAACCAUAAAAAGAAAACCUGCAUUUUUAAAAGAAAAGAUAAAUAAAUAUUCAACAAAAUGGGAGAAGUAAAGUCCGUGAAAGUUGACAACUGGGGUGUCUUCUUUCUCCAGAAGCUGCAGAAUUUCUUCAACAAAACGGACUAUUGUGAUUUAACGCUACAGUUCCGUGACAAUUCACAAUUGAAGGUGCAUCGCUUGGUGCUUAGCGCGUGCACUGAUUAUUUCAAUGUGCUGGAGCAAACAUGCGAAAUUAUUGACGACGCUCUCAUCAUGCCAUCCGAGUUUCAAGCCGAUGUUGUUGUGCCAAUUGUCAACUUCAUGUAUACGGGCACACUGGAGUUUGAAUUGAAAAUGUAUGGCAAACUGUUGCGCACCGCCAGGGAGAUGAAUAUGACGGUGUUAUUGAAGCUUCUCGAGGCACAUCGUCGCACCAUGGAAAAUGUAAAUCGACAGCAAAGACCACCGAGUCCGAAGGGCAUAAGACGUCGCCCUGUUGUGCCCACCAGCAGUGGAAACGCAACACAGCAACGUGCCUCUAUUGGAUCAGCACAGAAUCGCGGUGGCAUCGCAAACGUUAACACCGGCGGUGGCAGCAGCACCACAGUGCGCACGAAUGUGCAACAAGCCCGUAACGUGAAUACGCCCGCAAUACUGCGUUCUGGUGGCAUCAAUAAUCGUUCGCAAUAUGCAGAUUCACCGGUCGUCAAGCAGGAGCCCACCUCACCCUUUGAACAACUAAGAAAGGGAUAUAACAACAACAAGCGACCGGCGCAGACUAGUUUGCUGUCGCCGCCUUCAAAGAAACCCAGCUUGGAGGAGGUGAAGGAGUUUGCCGAACAGCAGCGUAUGCGCAAACAAAUUGCUGCCGAAUUCGGUGAUCAUGGCGAUACGGAAUAUGACAACAUGAUGCUGUAUGAUGAUGUGCAUACUGGCGAUGAUGAUGACGAUGAUGUGCCACCACAGCCGUCGACAUCAAAGCAGCAGCAACAACAAACACAACAGCAGCAACAGGCAGUGCAGUCAGGCACACAGACACAGAUGGAGCAUGGCACCACAACCAUCAUACUCAAACAAGAUUCGCCCAGCCAAACGCCCACAAUCAUUGUGAAGGACUCGUCGAACACAAAGCUCAAUCACACGAAAAUCAUAGCUGAAGUGUUGCGUCAAUAUCCGCACAUUGUGAAGGGCCACAAAAACAUCAAACUGAAAAUAAUGCCCAACAGUCCGGUGCAGGAGAAAACCGCUGCAACUGUGAAGCGUGGCUCGCCAGCACCUGCCCCAACAGCAGCAGCAACGUCAUCAGGAGGUGGCGCUACGUCGCCACAUAAGAAACUACACGUUUCUUUUAAACCAGACAAACCGAUGAUAACCACGCAGCAACAACAAAAGACCACACAACAAAAAGUAGCGGCAACGCCAACUGGCGAAGCAACACAAUCCCAAACCGCAUCGCAAACCACGUCGUCCUCGUCAACGGGUGCUGCGGCGGCACAAAAGCGACGCAUCGAUAGUAAGACAAUGCAUGCGCUUAUUGCACUUGGUGCUGAGAACACCACAGGUCCUUGGCUAUGUCUACGUUGCGGUGUCAAUGGUCGACCGAUCAGCAUUCCAUCAUAUCGUGGUUUCCGUCGUCAUCUGAUCAACACACACAAAGAGACUAUUGAUCCGGCGCUGUGCGAACAUUGCGGUUGGCGUUCCGGUAACAAUCGCGAGCUGCAUUUCCAUAUGUACACCGAGCAUGAGAUCAAAUCGCUGCUCUACAACUUUGCUGAAUGUGCACUGUGCAAUCGAACGUAUUUAAGUCGCGUGGAACUUGAUCAGCACAUCAACGAGGCGCACACGGAUGAAAACAAACAGCAGUGCAUUUAUUGUAACAAGGUGUUUGCGCAGGAGCUGCAACUGUAUAGGCACAUGAAGAGCUACCACAAGGCUCAGGCGCUAGAGGAUGGCAUCAUUGAUGAAACCGAUGAGGAGUAUAUGGGGUCACAGGAUGAAGAUGAGCAUAUGGCCGAAGAAGAUGAACAAGAGGAAGAAGAGGCCGAGGAUGAGCCUAUGCAAGACGAAAAAGUGCGCAUUUUAUCCGACAUCAGCUUGCCAGCGUCAAAUGCUGUAAUCCAGCAGCAGCAACAGCAGCAAGCUUGUGACGAACAAGAACAAGAGGAGGCCGAGGAAGAAGCAGAUGCUGAUGCCGAACAAUUGUUGCAAUCCAACGAACAGGAAGUCAAAUUUGUUGGUGCCGAUGGCAACGAGGUGGAGCUAACAGAUGAACAGCGCAAGGAAAUCUUGUCACAGUUGAAUCAACAGCAGGCAGGCGCACCCAGCGGUGGCGUUGUCAUGGUACUCAGCGAGCCCGAAAAUGAAGUGAAACAGGAAACUGAUGCCAAGUCAACAGCGGGUACCGAGGAGGAAUACGACGACAGUCAAAUUUAUAGCGAAUUGGGCGCCGCCUCAAUGGAGAGUAACAGCAAAAAGAGCGAAGCUGCUGAUGAAAGUAAGGAAUCUGUGGGCAUGAGUCUUGAAUGGGCAGAAAAUUUACUAUCUAAGCACGACUUGGAAACGGAACAGAACAGCAAAGAACCAAAGCCAGAGACGCGUCGAGAUGACAUUAGUGAAAAGCUUAAAGAGUUGACGGGCGAUUGGACCGAGGAUGAGAACGAAGAUGAAGAUGAAGUGGCAAAGACUGCUGCGACUACUGAAGCUGCUGCCGCUGAUGAGCCGGAAGCUGUUUUAGAAAAAGAAUCAGCUGAGGUUGCUGAUAUUAAAGAAGCUACCGAAGAACAUGCUGAGCCAGAGGAUGAUAUUGACUUGGCACUCGAAAGCUUACACAAAGGAGAAACGGAGGCCACAACUCCAGCAACAGUUGAGGAAGUUGCAAGCUCAAGCACAGCUGAAAUAAGCCAAGUCGAACCAGAAACUGAACCAACUGUUAAAAGCGAUGCCGAACCGAUGGACGACGACUCAAGCGUUACUGUUAAAACAGUUACAAAAGAUGAGAGCAAUCGACCAUUAAAAAGGAAGACGACGAAAUGGCCAUAGGAUACGCCACAAACAACAACGUUGGAAACUGAAGCCGCAAACGAAACCAAUGACGAGAGUCGUGUUGAAAACAAUGCUGAAACUUCAGCCACAAGCAUUGAAGAUGUCAGUCUAGAGACGGAUACUAUUCGAAAAGGUUUGCUCGAAGAAUUAAUUGCCGAAGCCGAAGCGCCUGAACCCGAUGCAACAGAUGUCAGUACACAACAAGAGGAAAAAUCUGCUGCUGCAGUGUCGCCAACUCAGCUCCCUGUUGUCGAUGGAUCAGAGGAAGAAUUGAAAGAGAAAGUGCCCAAUGAGAAUGCCAAUGUGAAGCCAACCGCGGAGACCAAUAACGAAGAAAAUGCAGAAGCAACGACGACAUUGCUGGAAGAAGCUGAAGAAACUGAGGAGAAGCCAAAUACAAGUGAUGUUGCUGAUGAUGACAUCGAUGGCAAGGCACAGCCACUGGCCACGCAGGAGAAACUAAAGAGUCUCAUGAGCGAAUGGGUAGAUGAUGAUGAGGACGAGAAUGAUGAUGAGAAUGGGGUUAGUGCUGCGGCGAAAGAGCAACUCUAAUUACUAGAUUUAUUUAUGUUUUAAGUUCGUUUUCGAUUGCCAGUGCUACAAUGCGAACGCGACCGCGACCAUUUAAUAGAAUAUGUCAGCGUACGAAAUAUUGUAGUAUAGAUAUAAAUACAUAUUUAUAUGCAAGCGUGUUAUUAAUCAAAUGGCAAGCUUUAGCCUGGAUGAGUUUUUCGGUUUCGAUUGUAAAUUAAUAAUAGUUUCAAUAACGAUAAUUUGAAACUUGCACGUAAUUGAAUAGAUUUAAUACAACUUUAACAAAACCCAAGCACAGAAAAAUUGUAUAAUUUACAUAUAUUUAUAAGUCACAUAAACAAAGCAUCCAACAAUUUACAUAUUUUCGACACGCAUAUGAAUAUUUCAAGAUUAGAUUAGUAAUCGAUGCACUUGGCAAUAUGUGUGGUUUUAUUUCUGCUACGUUUUACCACCAAGAAUCCAACCUUAAAUAAACCACUAACAUUUAUAAAUAAUACAAAAUAUAUAUUUAUAUAUUCAGAAUAAAAGAAAAACCAAUCUA